GAACAGAACGUGUGAGCACCACAGCAGUCGGUCCAAGCAGUGGGGCGGCAGCAUGGUGGAAGUGGGAGGAGUUAAAGGCAGAUGCACAGGACUUCUUUUGUAGACAGUUCGUCCCGCUGCAGACAGCGAGGAGAAGGUGGACCCCACAGAGGAGCCGUGGAGAACAUUUGAGGGGCUCUCCGUACAUUUCAAUACUCGACCAAGAGAGGGAAUCUCAACAUGCCCGAUGGAGGAGGAGAAGAGUUUUACGGGAAGAACGGAGAGCCAAGGAAGUACGACGCCAACUUCAAGGGCCCCACCCAGAACCGGGGCUGCACGGACGUCGUGUGCUGCAUCCUCUUCGUCGUCGCCAUACUGGGCUACCUCGCAGUGGGAAUACUGGCCUGGUCCCAGGGCGACCCCAGGAAGGUGAUCUACCCCACCGACAGUCGAGGCCAGUUCUGCGGGCAGGCGGGCACCCCGCUGGCCAACAAGCCAAAUCUGUUCUACUUCAACAUCAUGAAGUGUGCCAGCCCCAUGGUGCUGCUGGAGUUCCAGUGUCCCACCACGCAGAUGUGUGUGGAGAAGUGCCCCGAAAAGUUCAUGACGUUGGUAAAGGCCUACUCCAACAAUAAUGACUUUGACUACUACAAGACCUUCUGCAAGGAAGGAGUGACCAACUCGAUGGGUAUACCUCUAAUCCUCAGUUCAGGGCUCUGCCCCGCCAUGCUGACCCCCAGCAGACCAUUCACGCGCCGGUGUUUCCCGGCUUUGGGCCUGAAAGAAGGGGUGAUAACCGUGGGAAACAAGUCCAGCUUCGACGACGGCAGCGGAAACAUCAGAGACGCCAAGGACCUCAUGGACGGAGUCAAGAACGCCACCGUGGUCAUCGAGGCUCGUCAGGUGGUCAUGAAAAUCUUCGAGGAUUACACGCAGUCCUGGUACUGGAUCCUCAUAGGGCUGGUCAUCGCGAUGCUCACCAGCCUGCUCUUCAUCGUCCUGCUGCGCUUCCUGGCGGGGAUCAUGGUUUGGGUCAUGAUCGUCAUGGUGAUACUCGUCAUAGGAUACGGUAUCUUCCACUGCUACAUGGAGUACGCCGCCCUGAAGGGAGAGGCGGGCGCCAAUGUGACCCUCCAGGACCUGGGCUUCCAGACGGACUUGGCGGUCUACCUGCAGAUCAGACAGACCUGGCUGGCCUUCAUGAUCAUCCUGGCCAUCGUGGAGGUCAUCAUCAUCCUCUUGCUCAUCUUCCUCAGGAAGAGGAUCCUCAUUGCCAUCGCUCUCAUCAAAGAAGCCAGCAGAGCCGUCGCUCAUGUGAUGAGUUCCCUUUUCUACCCUCUGUUCACGUUCGUCCUGCUGGCCAUGGUCAUCGCCUACUGGGCCGUUACCGCCGUCUUCUUGUCUACCUCCAAUGAACCCAUCUACAAAGUUUUUAAUGAGACGGCAUGCGACCACUCGAGAAACACCUGCAAUCCAGCGAACUACUCCAGCAGUGUCGAAAAAAUGCAGUGCCCGGACUCCCAGUGCCUUUUCGCCUUCUACGGCGGCGAGACCCCGUAUCACAAAUACCUGAUCGGCCUGCAGUUCUACAACGUCUUCCUCUUCUUCUGGUGCGCCAACUUCGUCACGGCUCUGGGGCAGAUGACCCUGGCCGGGGCCUUCGCCUCGUACUACUGGGCCGUGGUCAAGCCGGACGACAUGCCUGCCUUCCCGGUCUUUUCUUCCCUGGGGAGAUCUCUCAGGUAUCACACGGGAACUCUGGCGUUCGGAUCCCUCAUCCUCUCAAUCGUUCAGAUCAUCAGGGUUCUGCUGGAGUAUCUGGACCACAAGCUCAAAGGAGCCCAGAAUAAGUUCACCAAGUUCGUGUUGUGCUGUUUGAAGUGCUGCUUCUGGUGUCUGGAGAAAUUCAUCAAGUUUCUGAACAGGAACGCCUACAUCAUGGUGGCGAUAUACGGCAAAAGCUUUUGCAGCUCUGCCAGAGAUGCCUUCCUCCUCCUCAUGAGAAACAUGAUCAGGGUGGCCGUUUUGGACAAAGUGACGGAUUUCCUCUUGUUUUUGGGCAAACUGCUCAUUGUUGGGCUUGUGGGGAUCUUUGCCUUCUUCUUUUUCUCCGGGAGAGUGAAGGCCUUUGAGAAUACAGCCCCACAUCUCCACUACUACUGGGUACCCAUCCUGACUGUGGUCGUUGGCUCCUACCUCAUUGCCCACGGCUUCUUCAGCGUGUACGCCAUGUGCGUGGACACCCUCUUCCUGUGCUUCUGUGAAGACCUGGAGCGCAAUGACGGUUCAGCCGCAAAGCCUUAUUACAUGUCCUCAACCCUUCGCGAGAUUCUGUGGAAGAAGGCGGCCGAGGAUCCGUCUCCGUCUUCUGCUCGGCGACCGGACGACGGCGACCUGAAGGCUCGGGAGGAGGCGUCUUAGAGAAGACGAUUCCUUUGGGAAUUUACGCGGAUUUACAGGCAUCGCAAAACUGCACCCCGCAGCACUUUUUUUAGCUGUUUAUAGCAAGAGAUCAGGGUAGUAAGAAGCUGGAACUUUGUUAACGCCCUGCCUCACACCUUACCCACUCAUCACAGGGUUAGAUUGGAGUGUAGCGACGCAACAACGUGCCUUUUUGAGAUUCAGCGUUUCACUUCGUCACAGUUGACUUGUACAUUUUUCUUUUGACCUUCUCGUUUCCGCACAAGGAAACGUGGAAAAACAUGAUGUGACGCAUCUGUUUUCAUAAAUGCCCAUUUGCUAAAGUCCUCUCUUGAUCGGUGAUUGUCCCAUCAUAGAUUAGCAACCUCGACAGUUGACACAAAUGGUGCAAAAGUUGCUUCAAGAUUUUUAGAAACAAGUGUUUUUGUGUUGAACUUUAAGAAAUGAACUGAACAUGAAGGGUUUCUCUGACAAUGCCGACCUACCAAGGCGGUUGUGCUUACCCCCGCUAUAAAUUGAUGGUGUCUUUCUUGGCUAAAUUGAUGGUGUCUUCUACCAAGUGGCAUGGAAAUCAUGCUAUUAGCCAACCUAUUAACCAACCCAAAAUUUAAACUCCUUCUCAGAGGUUAUAAUCCCAGUCAGAUCAAAGGUUUAGGGAAGGGCUUGAGCUCUGUUUAGCAUUAGCAUGUUUUGCCAACUAGCUUGUUGGUUGGCUAACUAGCCAUUGUUGGUUUCAACACAAAUUUGCCAUUAAUCCAACUUCAUUUUGAGUCAAUCUGUUGCGCCAAAUCUGAUUGAGUAAAAAGGAAAAGGCCUGUUGGUGACACUAUUGCUGUAGUAUUUCCUGGAUGCUACAUCAGAGACUAAGCUAACUUAGCGACUCUUUCCUUAUUCCAAAAAACUGCCAAAAUUGUUAUUCUAGAUAGCAUGAUGUUCACAAAACGGAUGUCCUCUUCAGAUUAUUAAAAUUAUUUAAAAAUACCAGCUUGUAUAAACUGCUCAGAUCAGGAAAACUGGAACAUACUAUGACCCAUGCAAUAAUAACAGUAUGUUGGGUGGUAAAUCCUUCCACUGUAUAAACAUUUCCGUCACUAAUAUUUUUACGCAUUUUGUCUUUUUUUUUUUUUUUGAUAGUCCCUCCUU